AUGAAUUUUUAGGUAAAACUUAAGUUGAGCAUUUUAAUAUUGUUUGUACCUGUGGGUUUUAUUGCUUUACUACAAAUAAUAACUUUAAAUGUAAUAUUUAUUACAAACUUCUCUAAUCAAGCUGAACAAUUAUCAUUUGCAAUCUAUAAUGAAACAACUUAAACUACACUAAGAUUCCGUCAUCAAUUAGAAACUAUAAAUUUAGGUAUCAAAGUCAAUGCAGCCUUUAUUCUCUAAGAUUUAAUGAUGUCUAAGUAUUAAUUAUCACUCUAUCAAAACUUGGAACAAAUUAAAGUGUUUUUACAUCCUUUAAUUAAUAGGGGUUCAAUUGAAAACUUUAAAAUCAUAUGUAAGGAUUCAUUUGAAUACUCAAUUUAACAAAUAGAAAGUUAAUUUGAAUCUUGGAAUUCAACAAAUUAAGUUGUUGUUGAUUUAUAUUAGAAUUACUUUCGAUUCAUUAUAAGCUAUGAUAUUAAUAAUGAUUGUAAUAUAUAAAUAUUUGAAUCUAUUUCAAAUUUAGUUGGUAAAGCAUAUAAAUAUGUUAAUUAUGAAUUAUAACAAAAUCAAUUGAAUUAUUUUAUGAUUAAUAAAUAAUUUUAUUAAUUCACUUAAAAUUCAUUCUUACUAAUUGAAAAGUAUAAAUUAGAAGAAUAUUAUGGAUAAUUUAUGGAAUAAAUAUUAAUUUAAUAAAAUUUUGAUGAGAAUGAUUGUUUACUAUAAAACACUUUAAUUUAAUAUUAUCUAUAAAAAUAUUUCAUAUAUGGUUGGUUUUAUUCCUUAUAGAAAUAAAAUAUAAAAUGUGAAAAAUAAUACAUAUCUGAAAUAUUAUAAAUAAAGAUUUUUGAUAUUGAAAAAUUCAAAUAAUUAGCAGGUUCUUUGUAAAAUUAAUAAAAUCAUAAUUUAUCUUUGAUUUUAGCACAAAGUUUGGUGAGUUUGACAUUUUUAUUAUAUGUAUGGGCAAUUUCUAUUAGAGUUAGUAAUUCUUUUUGUAUUCCACUUUAAAAAUUGGCAAGACAAUUACAAAAUCCAUUAAAAUAUCAUUUUGAUUAAAUACCAUUAAGAUCAUAAUAGUAAAAUUGUAAAGAAAUCAAUCAUCUUUAGGAAAGUUUAUAAGUUUACAUCUAUUAUUAUUAGCUAUUAAAAAAAUAGCAUUUCUAUUCUGAUCAAGAUUAAGGAUCAUUGUAUCUGAUGACAUUGUCUUAGAUUAGUGAAAUUUACAAAUAUCAUAAAAAUAAUUGGUAAGUAAGUAUUUGUGCAAAUAAUAUUGCAUAAGUUCAUUUUAAAAAUAAGAGAUUUAUUGAAGCACUUAAAUUUUAAGCCAAAUCUGUAAUUUUAGGAUUUGAAGAAUAUUCUAGUAUAAAGUAGAUUGAGAAAAUAAGAAAAUAAUUAUUAAAUAGUUAGAAAACAAUACUAUAUUAAUUAAAAUAGAAAUUAAGACGUUUUGUGAUUAAUAAAUUUGCUGGGAGUACAAAUAUAUUACAUUCAGAACAUUUAAAUAAGAAUCGAUUUUAUUCAAUUAAGAUGUAAAAUUCAUAUAAAUAAUCUGAUGUCUAAUAAAUAUAGAUAUCUGAGAGAUUGGCUUUGACUAAUUAUUUAAAAAGUGAGAAUUCUUUGGAUAAGAUGAUUUCACUAUAAGAAUUGGCUUUAUAAUAAGAUAGAUACAAUGAGGAAAAGAGAUUUUACAAAUUAACCAUAUUAUUCAGGAAAUAUACAUUUUGUAGAAUGUUAUAUAAAUUUUGUCUAAAAGAAUAGCCUAGUUUACUUAAUGAAGCUAUUCGUUCAUUAAGUGAAUUAUAUGAAGAGAUUUCAAGGAAAAAGUUUUCUGAAAUCAAAUCAAUAAUAGGAAUUAAAAUUUAAUUACUAGUAAUGAAGUUUUGUUGUUUUUAAAAAUUAAAUUUGAUUGAUAAGGCUAAAUUAGAAUUGUAUACAAUAAAAAUAUUGUAUUAAUAAUAUGUAAUUACUGAGAAAUCAAAAUUAAUAUUAAAUGGAUUUGAUAUUUUUUAAUUAAUAUCAAAUGAAUUAAUUUAAAAUGCGAUUAGAAAAUUAAAAAUUUGUGUAUUAAUGAAAAAUUAAGAAUAUUAAUUAGCGAGUGAAAAAUGUAUAAAGAUUAUAAAAAGAAAUAGUUAGAACAUUUAUAGAUUGAAUUCUUUUGCAUAUAAGACUUUAUAAACUAUAUUUAUCUAAUUGGAUCUUAAUUAGAAUGUAUUAUAAAAAUUGUACUUAGAUAUAAAUUCUAAAUAGUUUAAGUUCUUCUUUUUAAUUGACUAUUCAUCAAAAGUAUCUUUGGAAUAAAUAUAAGUAUCACAUUCUAUAUGUUCAUAUAUAAUGUAAAAAUUGAUACAUUUAAGAGAAGUAGGUUUAUAUAUAUUUAAUGAUGGAAUAUAUGAAAUGUUAUCAGCAUCAGAAUCUAAAUAAUAUACAAAAUUUCUUUUGAAAUAAUUUGAGAGAUUUUAAAUAUUAAAAGGAGGUGAAUGUAAAGUCAUUUAAUGUCUUCAUGAAUUAUUAAAUAAUAAAUUGAAUACAUAAUCUUAAUAUAAUGAAAUAAAAUAAACAUAUUAAUCAAUUACAAUACCAAAAUAAUUUUAAUAAAAAUAAGAAUUUAAAGAAAUAAUAUAAAGUUUUGUUUGUGUAUUUUCUGAGUUUUCAACAAAUAUAGAUUAAGAUUUAUUAGAAAAUAUUAAAAGAUAAACUUAAAGAGAAGAUAUAAAUUUAGUUUUAUUUAAUAUUGCAAAUUCAAAUAAAAAUCAUGAGAAGGCUAAGAAAUUUGCUAUGAAUGUUAAUGCCAAUUAUAUUGAAAGUGAUAGAGAAACUAUUGAAUGGAUUUCUCUAUUAAAUUAAUCUUCAAUUCCAAUUCAUAGAUAAGGAUAUCUUGAGUUUUUGUGA